GAGACAAGUCGCCUCUGCGAUCUUGUUGCGAGGAAGUGGACCGGAGCAGGCGGCGUGAAAGAAGCCACGAGCAGCCCGGAGCCAGAGGGCGUGGAGCCGUCAUACAUUUAAAGCAGCCCCUCCGGUGAACAUUGCAGAAAAGUUUGGCAUACUAUCCACCAGUCAACUAAAGCCAAGAAUUUAAGAUUAUGAUGACAGAGCAAGAGCAAGAAUGGGAAAACUUAAACAAGUUAUUAAGGCAACAUGGCUUAAGACCUGUGUGCCUUGAUACACCUGGAAGUUGUGGCAAUUUGUCAGAUACAGAGAGAAUUGUUAUGGAUAAACAGUCUUCCCAAGCAGUACAGCAUGCACUGAAAACAUUAAUGGAAGAGACAGAGCGUCAACGAAAAAUUAUUCGUGGCUUGAUAGAAGACAACCACCAGCUUAGAGAUGAAUUACACUUGGAGCGAAGUCGGGCUUCCCGACAGGAACAACGAGCUAAUGAUUUGGACAUUAUUGUGGAAAAUGUCAAAGAUAAAAUACGCCAACUAGAAGAUGAGUCCAUAGCGAAUGCUUCUCAGCAACAUAAUCAAGUCAGAGAUCUUCAAAAAGAUCAAGAAAUUUCACAGGCAGUGUACCGCCAUCAGGCCAAACAGUUGCAAGAGCAAGACGAGAUUAUUGCCCGUUUACAAAAGGAGCUCUCUAAGCUGGGCCUGGAAGAGCAGCAGCGUAUCGCCACCCAGAAAAAAAUGUUCCUCCAGUUUUGUAAGCAGGCUCCAAGAACUCACUUGGAUCAGCAGAUUUGUUCUCUAAUUGAUUAUUAUGAAUCUCGGAUCAGCCAAGUGAGAAAAGAACUAAGGAAAUACAAGAAAGAGAUCAAUCAUUUGCAAGAAGAAGGAAAAGAUGAGGAAGAAUUCUUGAAAAAUAUAGAUGCUACUGCUAAUUACAGAUCUCUGCUUAUGUCUUUCCAGACACAAAUAAUUGAAACCAAAGCUCGAAAUGAACAACUUGUACAUGAAAAUAUUAAUCUCAAGAAAGAAAUAGAGAUUAGGCCAACUGUGCAAGAGCUAAAAUUUUAUAAACACCAAGUGAAGAAGUUGGACAAAAUAUUGAAGAACAUCAAGUCACUUGAGAGCAGUGAAGAAGAAAACAUGAAAGAAAACAGAGAACUUAAAAAAAGUUUGGGAGGAAGCCAGCUGCAGGAAGCUUGCAGAAGAUAUUUGCAGGUAUUAUCCAGCAUUGACUCUAUUAUCAGAAGUCCAAGAAGAGCUCCCCUAAUAACACUCAUGCAGAAAAAGGGGGGUGGGAAAAGCUGUACUAAGAAUGAGGAGGAAAGCGGAUUUGAGCAUCUCCCUGCCAUAAUUGAAAUCUGGGCUGAACAGCUAAUGGCCCUGAAGAACUUGCGCCAGUCCCUGAAAAAGCUAUUUCUGCAGUUAGUUCCUUGGCAUACAAAAACUAUGCAGGAUACCAAUGAAUGUAUUAGAGUUGAGGACCUUCAGCUCAUAGUAGAGGAAAUCUCUGAAGAAGUCAACGAUGAAGAAAAGAAAAGUCAUAUUCCUUCACAACAAACCUUGUACGCAGUUGUCUGUCAUUUUCAAAAACUGUUUGAUGUGAAGACUCUGAAUGGCGUUUACCCUCGAAUGAAUGAAGUUUAUACAAAACUUGGUGAAAUGAUCAAUGCUAUGAGGAAUCUCUGUGACCUCUUAGAACUAGAUAGCUCAGCACCACCUAGUGUCCUGGUGAACACUGUUGGAAAGCUAUGCAGUUUGCUUAAUGAGAAUGUGGCCUGGCAAGUAGAACAACUCCUGGGCACACAAGACAUUGAAAGCAUUAUCUACAAGUUAGAAGAACACGAUGACUUUUUCCCAGCAUUUCAUGCUCUUAUUAACAACUUGCUUCAUGUUCUAGAAGUCAGAAGCCUCACAGAUAUAUUACCUGCUGUACAGAAGCUGAAAUGGAAAGUCCAAUAAUAUGAACUAAAUAUAAACCUUUAACAUGUUUUCUACCUCUUAUGUAUUUUUGAAUAUUUUGAUUAAAAAUGUCUGAACGGA